AUGGACAGGAUCAAAACACAAUUUACACAAAAGGUGCACAAAACAGACAUAACGGGGCAGGAACAAAACCGACAGAUCUCUGGACAGAUCAAAACCAUGGCGUACAUAUACAAAAUAUAUCACGGUUUGGUGUUUUAUGCGGUGCAGUACCGGUGGGGACAGAAAGCUGCAGAGGAGCUGAAAGCUGAGGAGCGCAAACGUUUGGAAGAAGUGGAGGCCCAGUUAGAGAAACAGAAGCAGUUAGCUGCUGCUCACGCAAAGGCCAAAGCUGACGCUGAGAAGGAAGCAAAGGAGCUACAGCACAGGAUAGAGGAAGAGGUGAGCAAGAGGGAGGCAGUAGCACUGAAUGCAGAAAAUCAGAAGCAGAAUGUUCAACAAGAGUUAAACCAACUGAAAAGCUCCUCGGAAACUGAAAUCAAAAAGAAGACAAAGAUGGUGGAGGACGUUCUCCUCAGCCGUACCAAGAUUGAGGAGGAAAUUCGAAUUAUCCAGUUACAGUUAGAGACUUCCCAGAAACAGAGAGAGUCUGCCGAGUCAGAACUACAACAGCUGAAAGCACAAGCUGAGGAAGCAGAGAAACAGAGGAAGACAGCACAGGACGAGGCUGAGAGACUUCGCAAACAGGUGAACGAGGAGUCCCAGAAGAAGAAACAAGCAGAGGAGGAACUGAAGCUGAAGAUUCAGGCAGAGAAAGAUGCUGCUCGUGAGAAACAAAAGGCUUUGGACGACCUGCAACAUUUCAGGAACCAAGCUGCAGAUGUGGAAAGGAGAAUGAAGCAGGCUGAGCUGGAGAAGGAGAAACAGCUUCUGCUGGCUCAGGAAGUCGCUCAGAAAAGUGCAGCAGCUGAGCUCCACAGCAAACGCCUCUCCUUUGAGCAGAAAACCACUGAGCUGGAGUUAUCCCUGAGACAGGAGCAUCAGACUGUGACCCAGUUACAGGAGGAGGCCACGCGGUUAAAACGGCAACAGGAGGAUGCAGAGAAUGCCAAGCAGGAAGCAGAGAAGGAGCUGGAGAAAUGGCGUCAGAAAGCAAAUGAGGCCCUUCGCUUAAGGCUGCAGGCAGAAGAGGUGGCUCACAAAAAGUCCCUGGCUCAAGAGGAAGCUGAAAGGCAGAAGGAAGAAGCCGAGCGUGAGGCCAGGAAGAGAGUGAAAACGGAGGAAUCGGCGCUGAGACAGAAGGAGAUGGCUGAGCAGGAGCUGGAGAAACAGAGGAAGCUGGCCAAUGAAACAGCAGAGCAGAAACUCUGUGCAGAGCAGGAACUAAUCCGUCUGCGAGCACAGACUGAGAACGGGGAGCAGCAGAGACUCCUCCUCGAGGAAGAACUGUACCGGCUGAAGAACGAGGUGAGUGAGGCCCUUCGCCAGAGGAAACUAUUGGAGGAGGAGCUGGCCAAGGUGAAAGCAGAGAUGGAGAUGCUGCUGCAGCUGAAACUGAAAACUGAGGAAGAAACCAGGUCAACGACAGAAAAGACCAAACAGAUGCUGGAGACCGAGGCACAGAGGAUGAAAGAGCUGGCGGAUGAGGCAGCAAAGCUGCGAUCUGCAACAGAGGAAGCCAAGCGCCUGAGACAGAUCGCUGAAGAUGAAGCCAGUCGCCAAAGGAGUGAGGCUGAGAGGAUCCUGAAGGAGAAACUUGCUGCGAUUAAUGAUGCCACUCGCUUAAAGACAGAGGCAGAAAUGGCACUGAAGGAAAAGGAAGCUGAAAAUGCGCGUCUGAGGCGACUGGCCGAGGAUGAGGCCUAUCAACGGAAGCUUCUGGAAGAACAGGCCAUGCAGCACAAGCAAGAUAUCGAGGAAAGGAUUACUCAGCUGAGGAAGAGCUCUGACCUUGAGUUGGACAGGCAGAAAAGUAUUGUGGAGGAGACUUUGAAACAGAGGAGAAUCAUUGAGGAAGAGAUUCAGAUCCUCAAACUGAACUUUGAGAAGGCUUCGGAAGGCAAGUCUGAUCUGGAAAUUGAGCUGAGCAAGUUAAAAAACAUUGCGGAGGAAACUCAGCGCAGCAAGAGAGAGGCCGAGGAGGAGGCUGACAAACAGCGAGCCCGGGCCUUGGAAGAAGCCAAGAAGAGGCAAGAGGCCGAACACAAAGUGAAAGAAAUCCUCGCCGCUGAGGAAGAGGCUGCUCGGCAACGCAAGGCCGCACUGGACGAGGUUGAGCGGCUGAAGAAAAAAUCAGAAGAGGCCUGGAAACAAAAGGAACUGUCAGAGAGAGAGGCGGAGAGGCAGAUCAACCUGGCACAGGACGCUGCUCAAAAACGUAUUGAUGCUGAGGAGAGAGCUCACUUAGCCACAGUGCAGCAGAAGGAACAGGAAUUGCUACAAAGCAAGCAGCAGGAGAAGACGAUUGUGGACAACCUGAAGGAACAGGCCGAGAAUGCCAAGCGCCUGGCAGAGGAGGCUGAACAGGCACGGCUGAAAGCUGAACAAGAGGCAACAUUCUGCCGACAACAGGCAGAAGAAGCUGAGAGACUGAAGGAGGAGGCAGAGAAAGACGCUCAGGGAAAAGCCAGGGCUCAACAAGACGCUGAAAAGAGGAGGAAAGAGGCCGAAUUUGAAGCUGCCAAGAGAGCGAAAGCUGAGGAGGCAGCUCUGAAACAGAAACAACUGGCUGACGCAGACAUGGAGAAACACAAGAAGUUUGCCGAGCAAACACUGAGACAGAAAUCGAGUGUGGAGCAAGAACUGACUAAAGUGAAGCUGCAGUUGGAAGAUACAGACCACCAGAAAUCCAUCUUGGAUGAAGAGUUACAACGUUUGAAAUCGGAGGUGACAGAGGCCAUCAAACAGAAGACGCAAGCUGAGGAUGAACUCUACAAAGUCAAAAUCCACAUGGAAGAGCUGAUUAAACUGAAGACGAGGAUUGAAGAAGAAAACAAGAUGUUAGUUUUGAAAGACAAGGACAACAUGCAGAAGCAUCUGGCUCAGGAAGCUGAGAAAAUGAAGAAGCUGGCUGAGGACGCAGCCAGGCUCAGUGUUGAGGCGCAAGAAUCAGCCCGUCAGAGAAAGCUCGCAGAGGAAGACCUGGUCCAACAGAGGGCACUGGCUGAUAAGAUGUUAAAGGAAAAGAUGCAGGCAGUUCAGGAGGCAAACCAUCUGAAAGCAGAGGCAGAAAUGUUGCAGAAACAGAGAGACCAAGCCGAGGAACAGGCAAAGAAACUGUCAGCAGACAAACUGCAGAUGCAGCAACGGCUCGAGGCCGAGGCUGAAGAAUACCAGAAACGUCUGUUGAGUGAACGUCAGCGUCAGGUUGAGAUCAGUGAGGAAGCUCAACACCUGAAAACGUUAGUCUCAGAACUGACUGAGGCUCAGGCCAGAGCCGAGCAGGAAGCCAAGAAAUUCAAAACCGAAGCAAAGGAGAUCAGCUUGAAGCUUCACGAUAUAGAACAGACAACAAGAGAGAAGGCCAGCACAGUGCAGAAACUCGAACUUCAGUGGAUCCAGAGUAAGAAAGAAGCCACUGAGCUACAGGACGCCAUUGCAGCGUUAGAGAGCGAGAAAGAGAAACUCAAACAAGAGGCAGAUCUACUCCAACAGAAAGCAAAGGAGGUAAUGUUACUGACCGUCACCUUGGGACCGACCGUCACCCUGGGACCGACCGUCACCCUGGGACUGACCGUCACCCUGGGACUGAGCCUGACCCCGGGACUGACCCUGACCCCAGGACUGACCGAGACCCCGGGACUGAGCCUGACCCCGGGACUGAGCCUGACCCCGGGACUGACCGUCACCCUGGGACUGAGCCUGACCCCGGGACUGAGCCUGACCCCGGGACUGACCCUGACCCCAGGACUGACCGAGACCCCGGGACUGAGCCUGACCCCGGGACUGAGCCUGACCCCGGGACUGACCGAGACCCCGGGACUGACCGAGACCCCAGGACUGACCGUGACCCCGGGACUGACCGAGACCCCAGGACUGACCGUGACCCUGGGACUGAGCCUGACCUCAGGACUGACCGUGACCCCAGGACUAAACCUGACCCUUGGACUGACCUUGAUCCUGGGACUGACUGAGACCCCAGGGCUGACCGAGACCCCGGGACUGACCGUGACCCCGGGACAGACCGUGACCCCGAGACUGACCAUCACCCUGGGAUGGACAGUGACCCUGGGACUGACCAAGACCCUGAGACUGACCGAGACCCUGAGACUGACUGAGACCAUGGGACUGACCAAGACCCUGGGACUGACCGAGACCCUGGGACUGACCCUGACCGUGACCCCAGGACUGAUCGUGACCCUGGGACUGACCAUCACCCUGGGACUGACAGUGACCCUAGGGCUGACCAUCACCCUGGGACUGACAGUGAGCCUGGGACUGACCCUGACCCCGGGACUGACCCUGACCCCAGGACUGACCGAGACCCUGGGACUGACCGUGAUCCUGAGAUGGACCGUGACCCCGGGACUGACUGUGACCCCGGGACUGACCGAGAUCCUGGGACUGACCGUGACCCCGGGAUUGACCGUGACCCAGGGACUGACCGUGAUCCUGAGACUGACCGUGACCCCGGGACUGACCGAGAUCCCGGGAUUGACCCUGACCACGGGACUGACCCUGACCCCGGGACUGACCGUGACCCCGGGACUGACCAACACCCUGGGACUGACCGAGACCCUGGGACUGACCCUGGCCCCGGGACUGACUGUGAUCCUGAAACUGACCGUGACCCCGGGACUGACCGAGAUCCCGGGAUUGACUGAGAUCCUGGGACAGACGGUGACCCCGCGACUGACCAUGACCCCGGGACUGACCAUGACCCUGGGACUGACCAUGACCGCGGGAUUGACCGUGACCCCGGGACUGACCGUGAACUUGGGAGUGACCAAGACCCUGAGACUGCCCAACGCCCUGGGACUAACCGAGACCCUGGGACUGACCCUGACCCUGGGACUAACCAAGACCCUGGGACUGACCAAGACCCUGAGACUGACCGUGAUCCCGGGACUGACCGUGAGCCUGAGACUGACCGUGACCCCGGGACUGACCGUGACCCCAGGACUGACCGUGAUCAUGGGACUGCCCUGGGACUGA